AUGGCCCAAGAGAUCCAAGCCAUUGGAGGGUGGAGAACCAAGAGGAUGGUCAUGGCAAUAUCAAAACUGGUAGACAGGUGGAUGGUGGAAGCCAUGUUUCUCAAGAGAACCAUCUGGCAAAAUCUCGAAGUACCUAAACACCAGGCUGCCCUCCCAGAAACUCGCUCCUUGAUUCGGCCUAAGGUGAAGUACCGCGUGGUCAUCAACAUCUCGGGGCUGCGCUUCGAGACGCAGCUCAAGACCCUCUGCCAGUUCCCCGAGACGCUGCUGGGCGACCCCAAGCGGCGCAUGAGGUACUUCGACCCGCUCCGCAAUGAGUACUUCUUCGACCGCAACCGGCCCAGCUUCGACGCCAUCCUCUACUACUACCAGUCCGGGGGCCGCAUCCGCCGGCCGGUCAACGUGCCCAUCGACAUCUUCUCGGAGGAGAUCCGCUUCUACCAACUGGGCGAGGAGGCCAUGGAGAAGUUCCGCGAGGACGAGGGCUUCCUGCGGGAGGAGGAGCGGCCCCUGCCCCGCCGCGACUUCCAGCGCCAGGUGUGGCUGCUGUUCGAGUACCCCGAGAGCUCCGGGCCGGCCCGGGGCAUCGCCAUCGUGUCCGUGCUGGUCAUCCUCAUCUCCAUCGUCAUCUUCUGCCUGGAGACGCUGCCCGAGUUCCGCGACGAGAAGGACUACCCUGCCUCGCCGUCGCAGGACACCUUCAAGGCGGCCAGCAACGGCACCUCGGGGGCCCCCGCGGGAGCCUCCAGUUUCUCCGAUCCCUUCUUCGUGGUGGAGACCCUGUGCAUCAUCUGGUUCUCUUUUGAGCUGCUGGUGCGUUUCUUCGCUUGCCCCAGCAAAGCCACCUUCUCGCGAAAUAUCAUGAACCUAAUAGACAUCGUGGCCAUUAUCCCGUAUUUUAUCACUCUGGGCACCGAGCUGGCUGAGCGGCAGGGCAACGGACAGCAGGCCAUGUCUCUGGCCAUCCUGAGGGUCAUCCGCCUGGUGAGGGUUUUCCGCAUCUUCAAGCUCUCCCGUCACUCCAAGGGGCUGCAGAUCUUGGGGCAGACGCUGAAGGCUUCCAUGCGGGAGUUGGGGUUGCUCAUCUUUUUUCUCUUUAUUGGGGUUAUCCUCUUCUCCAGCGCCGUCUACUUCGCCGAGGCAGACGACCCCAGUUCGGGUUUUAGCAGUAUCCCGGAUGCUUUUUGGUGGGCAGUGGUAACCAUGACAACAGUUGGUUAUGGUGAUAUGCACCCAGUGACCAUUGGGGGCAAGAUUGUGGGCUCUCUUUGUGCUAUCGCGGGUGUCUUGACCAUUGCAUUGCCAGUUCCUGUGAUUGUUUCCAACUUCAAUUACUUCUACCACCGGGAGACCGAAGGGGAAGAGCAAGCCCAGUAUAUGCACGUGGGAAGUUGCCAGCACCUCUCCUCCUCGGCAGAGGAGCUCCGAAAAGCACGGAGUAACUCGACUCUGAGUAAGUCGGAGUACAUGGUGAUCGAAGAGGGGGGUAUGAACCACAGCGCUUUCCCCCAGACCCCUUUCAAAACGGCCAACUCCACUGCCACCUGCGCCACGAACAAUAAUCCCAACUCUUGUGUCAACAUCAAAAAGAUAUUCACUGAUGUUUAAUAUAUGAAUGACAUACUGUGCACAGUAUCGUGUGAAACGUGCCCCCUUGGUCUGUGUAUGCCCUUAUUUUAUACAUUUCCAGACCAUCCAUCGAGGAAAGGACAUGAAGAAGUGGGAAGCACGCUUCAUUCUCCCUCUCCCUAGUGCUUCAUACUGAAACAGGUGCCUGAUUUGCAAGUGGGCUGCAUUAUCUCAGCUCUCCUUUUUUUUUUUUCUUCUCCUUAAUUCUGUGAACAAAAAACUUAACGCUAGUUAAACUUUAUUUCUGGCACACGCCCCCUGCCUUUAAGUACAUCCUGGGAGGAAAUGAAACUAAAGAACAGUUAGACUUCAGAGUAACUGUUUAACCUCAAAAGGUAGUUGUUCUUUACUAAGUAAAGCCAGCAAAUACUGAAAUGAUUCUUCAGCUUGGUGGACACUGUAACAUUAUUUAUUGAGUGUUUAGUUCAAUUACCUACUCUCGAUAUGUGGAUGAAAAGUCAAGUAGAACCGUGGUAUAAACCCAUCAUCAGUUUAUUUGGAGUUUCUGUUUCAGUCAUCCCCUUCUGGAAUUGAAGGAUCUCAACAGCUUUGAAGAAAAGGAAAUGCCCAAAACCUCCUGAUCUGACUAAUUAACACUUUGGGACUUGCAAAGCAUUAGACUAAAAAAUUCCAGUCAAGUUGGGUGCAUAUGUCCCAGCUAACAUCCAUCAGUCUAAAACAGAUGUUUUUCAGUGCUGCUAGGAGAAACAAAAAAAAUCCUAAUGAAGCUGAGAGAUAAGCUUCUGCAGUAUCACAAGAAGAUUAAAGUGGCAGACACCCCUUCCAGCGGAAGUUACUAAUUCGGACCUGACUCAUGCAGUUCCCAUAGCAACCCAUGUUUCCUGGGAAACCCGUAAAAGGUUGUCAUGGCAUCUCUUGCUCCCUAGCCCCACCCCCAGCCCGUGCUGUUUCCACAGUAACCUUUCCAGAUGGUUCCUACUUACACCAUUUCAUAAGGAAAACUGCUAUUUGAAUAAACCGCACAAAUAAAGUUAAGUGUGGGAAUCUAAGGAGGUGAGAGGAGUGGCAAAAUGCAUUUUUUUCUUAUGAACAUCAUUGAUGCUGUCCCAUAAUGGCUGAACUGACAAGGAAAAUAUCAUCUUUGGAAUGUUACAUGUAAACCGUGAUAAGGCAUGGUAUGAAUUAAAUGCCAGUUUUUAGGCAAUGAUUUAAAAGAUGCUCUCUACAGCUUUCUUUCUCCAAGAAAUGAUAAGUCCACAAAAGCCAGUGUAAAAGUGUCCUGUACCUAAGCAAAUUAGAAAUUCAGUGUACCUGAAAUCUUCCUAGAAGGGACCUUCAGAUUUCCUUGUGAAAACAAAAUCCAGCUCCUGCAAAAGGACCUGUCACCAUUACACCACUUGAAAAGCAAAAUACGCAAAUAUAUAAAGGAUGCUCAUUUUUAACUGAGGGAAUUACAAUCUGAAAAGGAAGGUCCGGAAGUAACCAGAUCUCAAAAGGAACACCUGCGAGUUUCAGCCAUGUGCUAAGGGUCGCCAGCAGACAGAAAGAAUCAGCAGUUCCAAGUCCUUCCCACCUUUCAGCUGUGCAUAGAAGUGAUAACCCCUGCCCCUAAGAAAUGCAAAGAAGCACAUGUGUCUCCCAAAGUGAAGACAUAUGGAAACACUGUGAGAUAGAGAUCCUUGAAGAGCCCCACAUGAGCAGUACAAAGCAGUCCUAACCAGAAAGAUGCUAAGGUUUCAUUUGCCUGAACCAAGAAUGCAGUAGCAGUUUUCACGUCACUGAUGGGCAGGGAUCUGUCCACUAGCACAUAUUUUUAUUUUAGUUUACAUUAAAUAAUAAUUUAUAUAAAGAAAACAGCUUGCAGCUGAAGGAUUCUCUUCAUCCUGUGUACAGGAUAAAAGAUACUGAUCAAGAGACAAAGAAUGUUAAAAAUAUCAAGGUAUUUGAAUCCUUUGACAUUUUGAUAAAAUCUAAUCAUGCAAAAAUAUAUUCAGUGUUGCACAUAAAGAAAGCCUAGGUGUUUGUUUCUAAUAAACCAUUACCUAUCUUAUUUUUUAAAUUAAUUACUGGACUGUAUUUAAUGAUGAGAUAUAUUCGUGUCAUACUAUGUGUUCUGGUUAUGUGGAACUUUACUUUUGAAGGUAUGUUCUGUACCAAAGGCCCCCAUACAUAGUUUAGCCACUUACACAUAAAUAAGCAAAGUCGACACUGUGCCCAGAAUAAUGGUAUUAAAGAUAGACUUGCCUAAAAGAAAUGUGCCUUGCUUGAUUAAAUAUUCUUUUAUUUUUUACUUU